AUGCCUUCUGAGCUGGACGAAAGGCGCUUGAAGGAGGCCCAGAAGCUCCUGCAAGGUCUGGUAAAAGACAGCAGAAGACUCUUCGCCGCACUCGACCGCACGAAAUGUAUUUCUCAGGCUAUUGACUCGGUUGGCACUGGUGUUGGCAGCACUGCAGAGUCGCAGCGCCGACUCGCCCUCCUCGCGGACCUGGACCGGGCAGCGGCAGGACAUGUCGAGCUCGCAAGCCUGUUCUGGGGGCAGAGCCAGGUUCGCUCCAUGUCCGAUGCGGCUCGCUGCUACAGCCUUCUGCUCGACCGCGAGGGAGCCGGCGUGGAGGACUUCCAGAUGAGAUUGUUUGCAGAGCAGCCGACGGCGACCAUUUACAGCCUGGUAAGGGCGGGACACCUCACCGUCCAGCCGAAAACCAUCCAAACAGCCGUGGUCAAUUUGCUUGAUAGAGCCGUGUCGUCCGGGUUCAACAUUGGUCGCGACCCAGUCGACAGGCUGCUAAGCAAAGUGGACGGGCUGAAUGCUGGGAAGAAGAAGGAUGUCGAGGCGCUCAAGACCUUUAUCCAGAAGCUUCAAAGACUGCAGGCCCUGGUGAGACUGCCGCAAGAUCUCGAUGCGCUUCUGAAGUCGUCAUUCAUGUCUGCGCACCAGAUCUCCCACACGCCGAGGCACUCAUUCGUUACAGUCAUCGGCCGCCACGGCAUUCCAGCCGCGAGCGCCGUCCGCAUACACAACCACGCGACGCUCGUGGACAUGCGUAACGAACAAGCGUGGACGGCACUCCUGGCGUCGAAACACGACGUCUCGCUCGCCGCCUUGGCUCGCCCGAAAGCUGCGCCGCCGGUAUUGGCAGCCUCGGCAGCAGCCUCGACGACGGCCCCCUCGCCGCAGGUCACCAGUUACACAAAGAUUUUUGGCGACGUGACCAUCGGGGCCUGUGACGACUGCAGCUCCGUCAGCAGCCCGGCGGCCUACUUCGUGGACCUGCUCCGGAUGCUGAAGAACACGCCGAGCGAUGCCACCAAAACCGAUUCACCAAGCCUCCUCGACAAGCUGGCAGCCCGACGACCUGACCUGCUGACGCUGCAGCUGUCCUGUGUCAAUACCAACGUUUUGGUUCCGUACAUUGACCUCGCGAACGAGGCGAUGGAAUCCUUCAUCAAAAACGUCGGCAGCCUCCUGCCGCCAUCGCCCGUCCCGAUCCAGGGGUUCAACAUGACGGACCAAGACACCAGCCAGGUCAGUCUCGCCGAGCCGCAGCAUACCGACUACAGCGUCUACAGCAAUCAGAUAGCGGCCCAGGCGUUUCCGCUCACCGUGUUUCCGUACAGCCAGGCGCUCGACCUCCAGCGCCUCUUCUUUACGCAUCUCAACGCAUCACUGGCCGACGUGAUGGUGCUGUUUGGUUCCGCGUCCCGCCUCUUGUCCAAAACGCCGACAACAGACACACUCGCCCUCGCGCAAGACGUGUUGCAGAGCGCGCAGGCAGCCGAGUACCUGGGGCUGUCCCCCGCCGAUUACGUCGCCAUCACCGGCGCGUCCAUCUUCUCCCUCGACUUCUUCAAGGCAGUCCUCGACCCGAGCAUGCAGCAAGACGCGUACAACGCGAAAAUUGGCCUUUUAAGCACGGCGGCAUACUGGGGCUACGAGGCCGCCGGCGGACACACGGCAGAGCAGCUGAUGCUGUCCGAGGAGGACGAAAAGGGGCUGCCGUUCGUCAAGGCCCAGCUGCUCCGCCGGGCGGACAUGACGGUCGCGGAUCUGCUGGAUCUGCUCCGGGCGCGAGUACUCCAGCGCCAGCUCGUGCUCGAGAACGCGGAUGGCUCGGCCACCUUUUCCGGCGAGCUCCAAGACCUGCGACUGCGCCACCCGACGAGCAGCAAUGCAAAGGCGCCGCUGACGGAGCCGGAUUGUUGGCAGCUGCAGUCGUAUAUCCGGCUCUGGCGCAGGACCGGGUGGACGCUGCAAGAUCUCGACUGCGCCGUUGUUGCAUUCGGCGGCGGCGGCACGCGUGUCACGGCGCAGACAAUCACGGCGAUGGCGGCGGUGCAGCGCAUCUCGGCGCUGACCGGCGUCGACGUGUUUCGGCUGAUGCCCAUGUGGGGGCCGAUGGACACGAAUGGGGACCGGUCCCUCUACGCGCGACUCUUCCUAAAAGGCAAGUCUGGCCGGCCGGACCCGGUGUUCGGGCCGGACGCCCAGGGGCAGUACCUGACGGCCGGUGCGGGUCUGUCGGCGAACCGCGCCCCGCUCCUGGCGGCGUGCGGGCUGACAGAGGAGGGCUUCGCCGCUGUUGUCGCGGCGGCCGGGAUUACCAACGAUAAGCUCGACCUGGCCAACCUGACGGCCGUCUACCGCAUCGCCGUCUUCUGCCAGUUGCUCGCCGUCGACCCGGUCGACUUUGCGAGCUUGCAGGCCGUCCUGGACCCGAGCCAGUCCGCGUUUGUGAGCCCCAAGGCGGCCCUCGACGUCAUCCAGCAGCUCCAGCAGUUCACCGACGCCGGCCUCAGCCUGGAGCAGCUGCUUUUCCUCACAGGCAACGACGCAGCUCAGCGUGCUAGGCAAUCGGAUACAGAGCUCCCCAUCCAGCAAGUCGCCGUCGCCGCGUCGGACGUCAUGGUGCACAUCCAGAGCCUGAUGGCGGCCCUGCCGGCCGUCGAUGCACACACGACGACGGCGUCGCCAGCAGAUGUUGCGGCUGCUGCGGCGGCACUCUACGACCAUGAGACGGCGCAGCUAGCCGUGGCAUUUAUUGAGAUGCUUCCCGGGACACCCAUCACUGAAGAUUCCACUGUGUACCAGAGUGUUCUACUGCCCUACUUCUCCGGUGACGCCCAAGCUGCGCACAAGGUCUUCUUUGAGCAGCCGGAUCCGACGGGGACAGACGAGGAGAAGGCCAUUGCGCGCGAAAACAUCCUCGAUGCCCGGCGGGUGUUUUUUCUGCAGCACGUCAUCGGGCCGCUUCACGCGCGGGCAGCCAAGGAUGCGGUGCUACAAUCCGUCACGCCCCUUUUCCCAGAUGUCAAGGCGGCUGUGCUCGGUUUCCUGGUGGAAACGGUCCAGGAACCGGGGUCGCAGGAGGGCGGGCAUCACCUUGCAUCCCGCACCCUCAUUCUGGAUGUCCUCAGCGGCCUCGCCUCGUCCAACGCGGCAGCUCUCGCCAAGGACUCUGCAGACGUCUUCUUCCGGCCCCCGACCGCAGACCUUUACCGCUUGUUCGUUCCCGACACGACUCUUACCGCCAGCCCUCUGGUGACCUUGGACGGCAACACCCUCCUUUUCGACAAGGGCACUGAUGGGUGGACGUCGAAGCCGGUCCGUCUCUCCAACGGUCAGGCGUACAGCUUGCACCGCUCCGACGACGGCGGGCUGGCGAGCUGCUCGUACUUGACGGAGCGAAGUCCGGGUCGGCCGUUUCCCCUCGGCGCGUUGCUGGCGCGCGAGACGGUUGUCCUAGCGCAGACGGUCUUGCUGUUGCUCUCCCGGGCGGUGCAUCUAUCCACGAGUUUUGAGCUGAGUCUGGACGAAGUACAAUUCUUCCAGAGCCAGUCGUCCAGUGGCAGCCUGUUUAUUGACUGGGGAAACAUCGAUUACCAGGCAGUCCAGCGGGCAAAGAGCUACCGGGAGCUGGCUCGUCGGCUGAAUGGACCGACGGUCCUCCUAGACUUCUUGAAGUGGACGCAGGUAUCUGCCCGAGAGGGCACCCUCGCCAACAGUCUUGUCAGCGUCACAAAUCUGUCUGCCGCUCAGAUUGCCGACUACCUGGGGCAGAGGUUCGCGGGCCUCAGUGAACAGCAGCUGAUUGACGUCUUUGCGGGAACGGAAGAGGUCGCACGGCUGCUGGACCGUGUCGCCUUCAUGAACCGCACCGGAGUGCCCGGUUUGACUCUCAAGCUCCUGUUCGCGCUCGCGACGCCAGUGCCUCCGCCGACUGCGACGACCGACUUCGACAAUGCGGACCAGCUCCGGCGCCUCUUGCAGUCGACGCCGGCCUCGGGCAACGGCGCGGAUCUGGCGACGCAGGUCAACGGCGGGUUGCGGCAACACCAGCGCGAUGCCCUGGUCAACUACCUCCUCCAGCAUCCAUAUAUCACCGGCCGCGGCAUCACCGACGCCGACGGGCUGUUCGAGUUCCUCCUCAUCGACGUGCAGAUGGGCGCGUGUCUCCAGACGUCCCGCAUCAAGCAGGCCAUCUCGACGGUGCAGGUGUACGUGCGCCGCUGCAUCCUCGGCCUCGAAAAGGGGGAGCAGGUCGCCAGCAACACGGUCAAUUUCGACCGCUGGGCGUGGAUGGAGGGCUACCGGCUGUGGGAGGCGAACCGCAAGGUGUUCCUCUACCCGGAGAACUGGCUCGACGCCAGCCUGCGCGAUGACAAGACCGACGUCUUCCGGGCACUCGAGUCCGGCAUCCUGCAAAACGACCUCGACAGCGCCAAGAUUGUCGACCUCGUCAAGGGCUACGUGUACGGCGUCGAUGCCAUUGCCGAUCUGGACGUGCAGGCCUACCUGUGGAAGAAGGUCGAGGACUACACUGGCACAUUCCACUUCUUCGCUCGCACGAGGACGGCGCCCUACAUCUACUACUACCGCUCGCUGGACAUUGUGCCGAGUCCUUCGGGCCACGGCAUCAAGAUGUACUGGCAGCCCUGGUCCAAGAUUGACGUCGAGGUCCCCGUUCACGAGGUCGGCGCCGACGGCAAACCGUUGCCCGUGUCGGGCUCAUACCUGACUCCGGCGUUGUACGGAGAGCGCCUCUUUCUCCUUUUCCCGCAAAUCACCCUCAAGACGGACCCCAACCCCGCUGCCAAGGACAAUACCAUCAAGACCAUGGAAGAUAAAAAGCCGGACGAGAUUAAGCCGACCAAGUACUGGCAGGUCCAGAUUGGCUGGACCGAGUACCGCAACGGCCGGUGGACGCCCAAGCAGAUCUCGCAGGCGAUUCUCGAGGUCCGAGGAGCCCAGGACACCGACUUCCCGGUCAAGGGGAAGACGCUCCCGGCUGCAAAUAUCUGGGCUGAGGCACAGAAACUCCCUGACGUCGCCUCGCUCAAGUUCUGGAUCCGGUCCCGGCCCAGCUCCUCGAUACCUUCGGGAGCAUCGUCCACGGUCGCGGCGUCCUCUCCGGGGCCCAGGAGCGCUCCCGCCCCGAGCACCAGUAUCUUGGUCAUCGAGGUGGAACGCUGGAUCGACGCCGGCGUCGGGCAGACACCGCGGUACCAAAACUAUCCGCUUGGCCGGUUCGAAAUGCGUGGAUCGCAGGUCAUCCUCACCAACCUCAGCGCCCUCUCUGGCCAAAACGAUCCCUUCCUGACCCCCUGGCGGCCUACCAUCCCGACUGUCUUUGCCAAGAUGUCGUACCAUAUGGAAAAGGCCACGGACAAGCCGACCCCAGGCAUUACCAUUGGCCGAGGAGCGAGCGACAAGGAGCCGCUGCUGGGUAUCGUCUCCAAGCUGGUGGACAGCACCCCGAAGAAGGACGUGGUCUGGACCAUGUCGUUUAAUGAUUCCCAGGUCCGGAAUGCGACCGGCUUCAUCCAGGACAUCAUCACCACGGAGAGCACCAUCUCGUAUGUCACCUACCCCCCCAUAGCGUCUACCAGCACCUUUGCUUCCGACGUGUUCCAGCACACGCUGGACCGGGACCUGGUGUCCAUGUCCACGGCGUACGACGGGGUGGACCAGGUUUAUGCCUUUCUCGCCAGCGUGCCUGCCGAAGACACGUUCCUCGCCUUUGGGAAACGCAACGGGACCGUUCACGAGCUCUCGACGCCCUAUGCCCUCUACAACUGGGAGCUCGGCGCACACACAGUCAUGCUGCUCAUGGAACGGCUGCAGGUCAACCGGCAGUACGACCUGGCCCUCCAAGUGGCGCACCUGGUGUUUGAUCCCACCGUCGACGGGACCAGCCUUGACCGCUGCUGGCUGUUCCCGCCCUUCAAGGAGCUCGCCGACGGGACCAUUGACUCGGUCGAAGACAUCCUGAAGCGUCUCCAGCCGUCCAGCGGCGCCGAGAGCGAGAUGAAGACGAGCAUCCUCGACUGGCGCACGCAUCCAUUCAACGCGCACAGCGUGGCGCGGAGCCGGCCGCUGGCGUACAUGCGACGCAUCAUCAUGAACUAUAUUGAGAUCCUCAUCGCCAGCGGCGACGUCUAUUUCCGGCAGAACACCCUGGAGGCGCUGCCCCUUGCCAUCCAACGCUACGUCGAGGCCUCGCACAUCUUUGGAUCGGCCCCGGUGCGGGUUCCCCAGCUCGCGAAGCCGACUUACAAGUCGUACAACGACCUUGCCAGCACCUUGGACGAUUUCUCCAACGCCGCUUUCGACAUGGAGCUCGACUUUCCGUUCUUCAGCGACCCGGCAUCGCGAGGGACAGGCGCCGGGGCGAACGGGGCCGCAGGGCUCACUGGUAUCCUAAAGUCGACGUAUUUCUGCGUUCCCGCGAACCCAAAGCUGGUCCAGCUCCGGGAUCUCAUCGACGACCGGCUAUUCAAGAUUCGCCAUUGCCAGGACAUUAACGGCGUCGUCCGAAGCCUGGCACUCUUUGAGCCGCCCCUGGAUCCGGGCCUCUUGGUCCGCGCGGCGGCGAGUGGCGUGGACAUCUCUCAGCUCGUGGGCAACAUCGUGGGUCCCAUGCCCAACUAUCGCUUUCAAUAUCUGUUGCAAAGGGCGUUCGACAUUUGUGCGGAGGUCAAAUCCAUGGGAGCCUUGCUAUUGUCCAUCCAGGAGCGGAAGGACACGGAAGCGCUGUCAAACCUCCAUGCCCGUCAGGACAAGGUGCUGCAGGAGCUGACGAUGGAGAUGAAGAAGACGGCAAAGAAGGAGGCUGAGUCGAGCAUCGACGCGCUCCUCGAGGUCCGCAGGUCCCAGGUGGCCCGGCUGGAAUACUACCUCGCGCUGACGGGGACCGACGACCGCUCGGCCCCAGAUGAGACGCAGGACUGGGAGGACAUCACGCAGUCCAUCGAGAAGCCGACGUCGGAUGAUUUGCGCAUGACAUCGCACGAGAGGCUGGAGAUGGAAAAGGCCGACGCCGCCGCGGAUCUCAACCAAAAGGCCACCAUUCUCGACAUCGCCGCCAGCAUCGUCAAGAUCAUCCCGGACAUCAGCGAGGAGGCGGAGCCCCUCGGCGUCGGGGUCUCCAUCGACUCCGUCACCAAGAACAUCUCCGAGGCGAUGCUCAUCAACGCGAGCGUCAUGCGCUUCCAGGCGCAGUACUUUAGCGACGAGGGCGCUCGCGCCGCGAGAACCGGCGCCCUCAUCAGGCAGCUCCAGGAACGGCGCCUGGAGGCCAACAUGGCCGGCCGGGAGAUCAAGCAGACGGACAAGCAGAUCGCGACGGCCCGCAUCCAGGUAGAACUGUGCGAGCGUGACAUCCAGUUCCAGCAGCAGCAGGCCGACUAUGCGCGGGACACCGAGGCCUGGCUGCGGACCAAGUACACCAGCGAGGAACUGUACGCCUGGAUGGACGGCGUCGUCCGCGACCUGUACCACCAGACCUAUCUCAUGGCCGACGACCUCGCCCAAAAGGCCCAAUCGGCGUUGCGCUUCGAAAAGGGCGACCAGUCCAUCAACAUCGUCACCUCGCCCUACUGGGACGACGGCCGCGACGGCAUGUUUGCCGGCGAGAACCUCUACCUCGCGCUCAAGCGCCUCGAGGGGGCAUACAUGGACCAGCGCCUGCAUGACGUCGAAGUAGUCAAGGACGUCUCGCUCCUACAGGUCCGGCCGUGGGCGCUCCUGGCCCUGCGCGAGACGGGCACCGCCGAGUUUGACCUCCCCGAGGUGCUCUUCGACUUUGACUUCCCCGGCCACUACUGCCGCCGCAUCACCUCGGUGAGCAUGACGGUCUCCUGCGUCGUCGGGCCGCACACGGGCGUCAACGCGACCCUGACGCUCCUCGAGCACUCGUACCGCAUCAAGUCGGACGCCAGGAACGCGCAGGACUAUCCCCGAAAGACGCUAGACGACCGCUUCCAGACCGACCGCGUGCCCAUCACCUCCAUCGCCGUCAGCCACGGCCAGGAGGACAGCGGCGUCUUCGACCUCGACUUCCGGGACGACCGGUACAUCCCCUUUGAGGGGGCGGGCGCCGUGAGCCGCUGGCGCCUCGAGCUCCCUACCGCCGUGAAGCAGUUCGACUACAAUUCCAUCAGCGACGUUGUCCUGCAGGUCAAGUACACGGCGCUCCAGGGCGGCGCUGCCUUUCGCAAAGCAGCGUCCGACGCGGCAGUCGCGUUUCAGAAGACGGCUUCCGGGCUGUCGAGGACGGAGGGCAUGUUUGCGAUGCUGGACUUGAAGAACGACUUUCCGGACGAGUGGCAGCGUCUGGUGUCGGCGGAUAAAACGAAGCCCUCGACUAUGCCGCUUGCUUCUCUGCAGGACCGUCUGCCGUUUUUUACGAGGGGGAGAAGCGUCAAGGCGGAGACUGUCUCGGUUCUUGUUGCGGCGGGCGCGGCGGUGAAUAUGACGCAGGAUAUUACACUGACUGCCUCGAGCAAGAUUCCUCUGCAGGCUGGGACGGCAAUAGGCUCGUACCAGGUGGCUGUGGCGACGGGGCAGACGGUGACUGUUGGCGACUGGAGUCUUACUCUUUCGGCUAACGCGAUGGGUGCGAGUGUGUCGAGGAUCCUUGUCCUGUUUAGAUAUAUUUUGUAG